GUUCAUAUAUCAUUUUCUCUGCAAAUGUUUUCAAAAAUCAUUUCUAUAAAUUGAAGAUUCUCUUUAAAAUUUCAAGUUAUGAGAAGAGAAAAAGACAAAGAUUCUAAGCCGAUGAAGGCGACAGAAAGCGGUCAACCACCUCUAGAUAUGUCCCCUAAGCUGGAGGGACCGCCAAAUUCAGAUGCUAAGCGCGCAUCAUCGGCGAGAGGGAUUCCUCUACUUCAUUGCCUUCGAAAACCCAAAAGUAUUAGUAAAACCACUGAAGACGAAGAGAACACGAUUUUUGAGAAAAUUCUGUACUUUGGUUCCAUUACCCUGGCCAUAAUAUUCUUUCCCAUUGCUUUUUUCUUGUGUAUUGCGGUAGUGAAGGAACACGACCGAUUGGUAGUCUUUCGUCUGGGACGAGUCAGAAAGGGUAUACGAGGUCCUGGUAUUUCCUGGGUUCUUCCCUGCAUCGACACUUGGAUGACUGUGGAUAUGCGAACCAUUUGCGAAGUGGUGUCAUCUCAGGAUAUCCUUACCAAGGAUUCGGUGACGAUUCGCGUGGAUGCCGUGCUCUACUACUGCAUCUACAGUCCGAUGGAUGCCGUCAUCCAAGUGGCCAAUGUGUAUGAGGCCACCAUGAUGAUAGCCCAAACGACUCUUAGGAAUAUAGUGGGAUCGAAAUCUCUGAUUCAAUUGCUCAUCUCUAGGGAAGCUCUGUCGCGAGAGAUUCGCUAUGCAGUGGAUGGCAUAACUGAGAGAUGGGGUGUGAGAGUGGAAAGGGUUGAAUUAAAGGAUAUUCGUCUGCCAGAAAGCUUGCAGAGAUCCUUGGCCAGCGAGGCUGAGGCUCAUAGAGAAGCUCGAGCCAAAAUAAUAUCGGCUGAGGGUGAACUAAAGGCGUCGCAGGCUCUUAAGGAUGCCUCUGAUGUCAUGGCUGAGAAUAAAAUUACAUUGCAGUUGAGGCAUUUGCAAAUUCUAACAUCGAUCGCCUCAGAGCGCCAGUGCCAUAUAAUCUAUCCGGUCCCAAUGGACAUAAUGACACCAUUCGAAGUAAAAUCGAUCGGCAAGUCGAAGAAGCCAGAUGACGGCAAUGACAGUGGCAUUGACGAUAGGCCAAUAACAUUUACAAGCUGCUUUUCUAUCCCAAAUCCACAGCGGAGGAUUAGCUUUAAGCUCGAAGUUCCAGAUGCCGAUACUUCUGAGACGAACGAUGAUAUCGACAGUAAAACUGAUCCUGACCCACCUAAAAAUGCAAACACAUCUUUGGAAUCUGAAAGUGCGAGUAACACCAGUCGUCAGCCAACGCCAAGACGAUCCCGAAGAAACAGAACCUUUAUAGAUCCAAUGCCGCUGAAUCCAGAACGCUCGGAGAUUGGAAGUCGUUUGCAGGUCGUAAGAUCUAACGAUUCCCAUUCGAGCAAUUCGAAUGACAAUCCGCGAGCUGAGAACCCUCCAAGAGAUGAAACUAAGCCGGGUGAUUUUUUUUUUUUUGAUCAAGCCAGCUAUCAAAUAUUAUGCUUUCCAUAUGUAUCAGUAAAAUCGUUUUAUUUGCAAUUUGCAUUUGUGGUUCUUGAUUUACGAUGACGUGCUGUCAAAAUAUGGAAA